GUACGAUGACGCUUUUUGCUAGUUAGGUGCAGCAAUUAAGGGUAUAUAAUAUGAAUUGCUAGAAGAAUAACCUCUUUUGGUGAAUAUAGCGAUAUAUAGCAAUAUACUACUAAACGGUUAGGCCACGUCAGCUCCAAUAUCUACUAUAAUCACAUUCGGUAUAGAUCAAAUAGAGAAUUACGCGAUAAAAUAGCGUGGAUAAAAGAAUAAAUAAAUAUUAACAUCUAAUUUUCACUCGUUAUCGAAUUGAAACGCGGGUUCUCUACAAACUACCAUCCGAAUAAAGUAAUAAAGCGAGAUAAUAGCAAUUAUUGAUAAUUAGCGGAUAUUUAUUAAAUUUACGCUAUGACAGAAAUUGAUGAUGAAGAUAUCUUGACGAUACCUAAAAAUAUGGAAACGCUAUCACUACCUUCAUCUCCCAAGUCUAAUGAGCCAUUCUUUGGUUAUAAUUCAAUUCUCAGCUCAGUUAACAAAUCUAGCAGCCCUACUAAAUCUCAUUUAUCCCCUUCCGUGGAGCCUUUUAACCCGACGCAGCGCAGCAAUACCUCAGAGUUAAAAGGCUCACCGGACUCAGAUGGACAGCCAGUUUUCAACUCAGUAUUCAUGCCACCACCUCCAUUACCUAUCUCGAACGUUACACGCAACAACAGCUUCAACAACCUUGCUGGAUCUGAUGACAUUAGCACAAUCUUCGUAGUCGGUUUCCCAGACGAUAUGACUGAAAGAGAAUUCCAAAAUAUGUUCAUAUUCAGUAGCGAGUUUGAAGCCGCCACACUUAAAAUUCCUGCUAAAGAAGUUUUACCACCGCCACACAAAGAUCCUUACACGUUGGCUAAUAUUCCAGCAACUGGUAUUAUGUCAGAAAGAGAGAACUCCUCCACUAUCGAUGAAUCCGUCAACUUAAACAUAACCGCAGCACAACAACUAUCAGCUAGAAAGCAAACAAUUGGUUUUGCUAAGUUCAGAACAAAGCAAGCAGCUUUAGAUGCUAAAGAUGUCCUUUCUGGUCGUAAAAUCGAUGGUGAAAGAGGAUCUGUUUUGAAAGCCGAAAUGGCAAAGAAGAAUCUACAUACAAGAUCGAAGAAUGCUGAGAAUACUAUGCAAUCAUCUCAAUCUCAAGAAGGUAUUCGCGUAAAUCAACCGACAUCAAAUUCACUCAAUUCUCAAAACUCAAACUCAAGUUUACUAGGGUCUUCAAAUUCGGCGUGGGACGGUCCAAGAUCUUCAGCUGUUUUUGAAGCAUUUCAUAAUGCGACUAGUUCGCCCACUACUGCUUCAAUUUGCUCACCAAAUCAAGAAACAUUAUUUAGACCAUUCGAUACCGAUCCUACACCACCUUCAAGUGCAUUUGAUCCAUUUCAAAGUAGUAAAUUUACUUUAUCACCAUCACACUCUCAAUCCCGUACCCAAGAGCGUUCAAAUUCUUCCACGUUAUCCCCUCUAAAUAACUUUGACGGUUAUUCACCUACAUUAUAUAAUAAUAACCAAGUUAGACCAUUAUCACCAAGGUCUUCAUUAGAUCCAAACUCAAAUUCUGCAUUUGUUAGUCAAAGUUUAGGUAGACGAUUAAGCGCACUUGCUUUAGGGCAUAAUUUAGCUGGAUCACAAGAAAUCAGUAAUAAUCCAUCAUCCAGCCAUAUAGGCUUAGCAUUAAAUGAUGUACAAGUUACAAAAUCAUCACCACCUUCACAAUCAACAAAUAUUCAAUCUUUGCAUAGUCAAUUACAACAACAGUCAUCCCAUCACGUUAAUAGCUUAGCACCAUUGAAGCCAACUAAUCCUGCAGACCAAAAUCCACCUUGUUCAACACUUUACGUCGGAAAUCUUACAACACCACCACCAUCGCAACCGGUUAGUUUAUUAGAGGAUGCUCUGCGAGCACUCUUUUCUAAGCAAGGUGGAUUUAAGAGAUUAUCAUUUAGACAAAAAGCUAAUGGACCAAUGUGCUUUGUUGAGUUCGAAGAUGUACAACUUGCUACAAAAACUUUACAUGAUUUAUACGGAAACACGUUGAACGGAUUAAUUAGAGGUGGAAUUAGGCUUUCUUAUUCAAAGAAUCCACUCGGGGUUAGGUCAAACCCAACGCCAUCUAGUCAACAACCAACGCAUUUGCAUCAACAAGCACAAUCAACACGUUAAAUUACCUAUUUUUAAUAAUCUUUUUUUAUAUUCAGUCUCGAUUAAGGUUAAUUGAUUCUCUUAAUGAGAGAAUCACAUUGUUUUUCUUUUAAUAGACAUUCAAUCAUCAAAUUUAUCAAAUAUUCACUCCCAAUUAAUCAAGUUGUCAAUUUAUUCAAUUUAGUCAAUUCAAUCAAACUCGAGCGAUACUUGUUACCAAUUUAAGUUUUG